AUGAGCAGCACUGGGGGUCCAAUCCACCACGAGACGCCGGUGCUCGUUGUCGGCGCAGGUCCCGCUGGAUUGAUCGCAGCUCUGCAGUUGGCGACCAACGGGCAGAAAUGCAUGCUGGUUGAGCGAAACCGCACGACAACAUCAUGGCCCAAGAUGGACAUUACCAACGUCCGAAGCAUGGAACUGCUCAAGCGUCUAUCGGUUGAUCAAGGACUGCGCAACGUCGGUGUACCGCAACAGUAUUCGUUCGAUGUUCUUUUCAGCACCAGUAUCGCCGAAGGAGGGAAACUGCUGGCAAAAUGGGAUCUUCCUUCACCCGACGAGUGGCGGAGACGGAUUCGAGAGCAAAACGACGGGUCCAUGCCACGCGAGCCCUACCAGCGAUGUUCACAGGCUAUAUUCGAGGCUUGGCUGAAGCCGCAAAUCGAGGCGAAUCCGCUGAUCGAAACCCACUUUGGAUGGACUUUCAAGACGCUGGAGGAGUCUCCCGAUGGCGUCCGCUGCUCGGUGCUGGACCUCGACGGCCAGGAACAUGUCAUUGACGCGAAAUAUGUCAUCGGCUGCGACGGCGCCGGAAGCAAGGUUCGAGCAGCCAUCGGUAGCCAACUGGUCGGCGGCGCAGUGCCUGGCGCGUCGUACCUCGUCCAUUUCAAAUCAAGAGACCUCAGCAAGCUGCAUCGACAGGGUCAAUUCUGGCACAUCUUCUUCACCAGCGGCGCCACCAUAAUUUCCCAAGACGAAAAUGACACGUGGACCAUCCAUGUUCCAGUGCCAAUCGGGACCGACGCCAAAACAUUGGACCCAAAAGAGGCCAUAUUCACGGGCCUUGGUGGCGAGCUUGGCCGUCUGGAGAUUGAGGUUGACGAGAUCCUGGUGACCAGCGUUUGGCGGCCCAACAUCUUCCUGGCAAAUAAAUACACCUCCGACCACGGCCGCAUUUUCAUCUCGGGCGACGCGGCGCACCAGAACAUUCCUACCGGGGGCUACGGGAUGAACACGGCCGUGGGCGACAGCUUCGAUAUUGGCUGGAAGGUCGCCGCCGUCCUCGCCGGCUACGGCGGCGAGCACCUCUUGAGGUCCUACGAACCCGAGCGCCGUCCCGUGGCGGCGCGAAACAUCGAGCGUUCCGGCGUGCACAUGGGGCUCCACCAGGAGAUCCAGACCUGGUCCUCGCAGGCGCCCGGCGUCAUCACGUCGCAGACGCCCGAGGGCGAGGCUCUGCGGAGCAAGGUCGCCGCGAAGUACGAGGCCCAGGACGGAGAGAACAAGGACCUCGGACUCGAGCUCGGCUACCGCUACACGACGUCGCCCGUCGUCGUCGGUGAAGAUGCCAGGGAUGAGCCCACCUGGAAUUUCAGACACUACGUCCCCUCUACUUUCCCCGGUGUGCGCGCGCCACACGUUUUCUUGAAGGACGGCGAGACCAGCAUCUUUGACCUCUUCGGUACAGGCCCAGAGUACACCCUGGUCGACUUCACCGCCGGCGGAUCGUACGGCUCUGUUUUCGCCGCCGCUGCAGCCGAGGCCCAUGUGCCUUUGAAGGUGGUGCGUCUCCCCGACGAAGCCCACGUGAGGAGGAUUUGGGAAAGGGAUGCGGUGCUUGUGCGGCCCGACGACCACGUCGCCUGGCGCGCCGCAGAAGGCGAUGGCGUGGCCGCGGAUCCGGAACUGGCAAAGGAAGUGCUUGCCGUUGCUGUCGGCCAGAAGCAGAGUGCUUCGUCGCUACGGCUGAAAGACGCAACGGCGGCCGAGGUCGCAUACGCAAAGCCCAGCCACUUGAAUGGCGAGGCGUUUACGGGCACCACAGGCGUCCAGAAACACGAAGAGGUUCAGAGUUUGGCUGCUUUCCAGCAAUAG